ACGGACGGAGGAAAGGAGCGAAUAGAAGCGCGACCGGCUCCGGGAGAGGCGAAUACGCGGAGUGAAGACAAGAGAGAGGAAGGAGGAGGACCGGAGGGUGGAUCAGGAAGCAGGCUGUGGCUCUCUCUUGUAGGCAGCGGAGCGCGGUGAAGGCAUUAUGGGAAAUGCACCAUCCCAAGACCCGGAGCGUGGCGGAGGUCACAUGAUCUCCACAGAUGACUUGGAGUACCCACGCGAGUAUCGCACGCUGGGCAACAACACUCGGAGGUUCUCUAACGUGGGCCUGGUCCACACCUCCGAGCACCGGCACACGGUCAUCGCCGCCCAGAGUCUGGAGACCCUUACCAACCUGCACAAGGCUGACAUGGAGCGCAAGCGGGACGUCUUCAUGGACCACCUGAAGAACAAGUACCCGCCCCAGCACUCACUGCCACCCUCACCAUCACCCUCACACGGCAGCAUGAGGGGCAGCGCUGAGAGGAGCGCACGAGAACAGCUUUCACACAGCUUGAGAGAAGCUGUCAAAAUGUCAUUGAAACAUUUUGUACUCACCAUAGAAAACAAGCAGAUUCUUGCUGGAGGACAGCAGAAGAGCAGGGAUCGUAUGGAGGCAAUGGAGAAGCAGAUAGCCAGUCUGACUGGACUGGUUCAGAGUGUCCUGACUCGAGCUCCAGACAGUGACAGCACAUGCGGCCUGCUGCGUCUCUGCAUGAUGGCGGGCUGCCCUCCGGACCAGGGGGCGGACUUCUCACGGCCCUUCCCUUUCUCUUCCAGCGAGAAGACCGAAUCCACCAGCGACGGAUCCGCCACGGGAACUGGCCGGCUGAAGAAGAAAGCACUGACUCCAUCCGCCCCGCUGGCACUGAUGCCUCCGCCUUCAUCUGGAGGCUCUCAGGCCUCCACUGUUUCCAGACUACAGAUGCAGCUUCACCUGCACGACCUCCAACAGAACGCCACUGAUCUGCGCAAACAGCUCGCACAGCUGCGGAAAAUGCAGUUGCAGAACCAGGACUCCAUACGGAGUUUGCUGAAGAGAACCGAGACUGAGCUGAGUCUGCGUCUGUCUGAUGCGCUGAGGAAACAGGAAGACCCUCUCCAGAGACAGCGCCUCCUAGUGGAAGAGGAGAGACUCAAGUACCUGAACGAGGAGGAACUCAUCAUACAGCAGCUGCAUGAUCUGGAAAAGUCAGUGGAUGAAAUCCAGAAGGAGAUGUCAGUCAAUCACAGACAUGUGACAGUGCAGGAGCUGGAGGAGAAAAGCUCGAUGCUGAGGAAACUGGGAGAGACUCUGACGGAGCUGAAGAAUCAGUUCCCUGGGCUCCAGAGUAAAAUGCGGGUGGUGUUACGAGUGGAAGUGGAAGCGGUAAAAUUCCUGAAAGAAGAACCUCACAGGCUGGACGCCCUGCUGAAACGCUGCAAAUCCAUCACUGACACUCUCACCACACUGAGGAGGCAGGUGAAUGAGGGAGUGUGGAAAAGCCAGGAUGAGUUUUCAAGCCCCUCUGCUAAACUUGGAGGAGGGGACGAGUACAGGAAGAACACAGACUUUGACAUUCCAACUAGCCCACCGCUGAGCCUCAAUGAGAGCAGCCUGGCCAACUGGAGCCCUCACCCAGGACAAGGCCAUGGCCACUCUAACCCGUCCCAUGCACAGCGAGAGAAGGACUCUCAUGGAGUGAUGGUGGGAUCACUGAAGACCCGGGGUCUGGAGGAGCUCGGAGGAAGAGCAGGGUCUGAUAAAGCCUCAUCUGUGGAAGUCAGACUGGCAGCAGAGCGGGAUUGGGAAGAGAAGAGGGCCAGUCUGACACAGUACAGCGCUCAGGACAUCAAUCGACUGUUGGAGGAGACUCAGGCGGAGCUCAUGAAGGCGAUUCCUGACUUGGACUUUGCCGCCAAGCAGAUCAAACCUACUCAAAACCAGAAUCAAAACCAGAAUCCAAACCAAAACCAGAAUCCAAGUCCAUCCAGCACCAAUGCCACACCUGAACACAGGGCUAAUAAACCUCAGCAUAAACUCAACAGUAAAGACAGCGGAUCUAGACGAGGCUCAGAUGAACUGACGGUGGCAAGAUAUCGAACAGAGAAGCCUUCAAAAUCACCUCCUCCUCCACCGCCCCGCCGGAGCUUCCCCUCGUCGCCUGGACUUACUACACGCAGUGGAGAAAUAAUCAUCCCUGGAAAGAGUAUAAAGAAGUCUGAAUCAGAGGAGGUCGAGCCUCAGAAGCCACACGUGAAGCUGCGCAGAAGUAUAUCUGAAGCCCCUCGAUCAGCCUCCACCCCUCCAACCAUCGUUGGCGGAGAACGAGAGGAAGCUGAUGAUGAAAAACUAGCAGCUGAGCUGGAGCAGCAGCUGACUCCAUCUAAGUCUGGUUUUCAUGACAACUCCAGUGAUUUGACACAGAAACCUAUGAUUCAGCAUGGGAUGUCCUCCAAUCUGGUUCCCCAGAUAGUCUUGACUGAAUGCAGCUCUCUCCCCAUGUCCCCUUCUGAGGACUCAGCAGAGAACAGGCCGUCCAGUGAUGAUCACACAAUUAAAGACAAUGACACUGGAAACGACAUCAGAGUCAGCUACUUCAGCCACAUUGUCAGGACUCCCCGUCUGUCGCUAUGGAAACAAGACUUGACAACCAGCCAAAAAGUCCCUCAGAUACAAGACUUGGAUGCAGCCCAGAGGGAGCUCCAGAGUCCCGUCCAUGAUGUGACCCAGUCAUGCCUGCCCUUAACAAGGGAGAGAGCAAUUAAACAGCCUCUGAGGAGGGAACCCAGGGUUCAGGAGUCUCUCGAGGCGGUGACAGAGGCAAAAAACAAGCCAAUGAGAAAGUCAGACACUAUACUGUCUGUCUCGCAGCAGAAUGGGGCUGCAGAGACAUCUCAGGUCAGUUUGAUUCGCACGCAAGGAGUCGGAGGGGAAAAGGAAGACAUCUGCCACAGCACGUACCGUCGAUUGGACAGCCUGGAAGAAACCAUCCGUGAGCUGGAGCUCAGCCUGAUGGAGUUUAGCACUGAUCCCCACAUGGGGAACUUCUUUCACCCGCCUGCACAGAUGCCAAGUUCCUCCACAGAGAGAUCUGGCAGCACUCAACAAAUGGCACAAUCCCCUAGUGAUGGAGGAGGAACAACCAGACCCAUAGUGCCACCCAAACCGUCAUGCAUCAGUACAUCCACAGCUAAGACUAGUGGUGGGAAGGCGUUGUCUCGUCUCAAGCAUCUGCAGCAGAGCGGGUCAGAAAAAAUCAAAACUAGCAAACAGAGAGAGGACUUCCUGAAGAAUCAUGGACAACAGCAGUAAGCAGAAGAGGGUGACCCAGUCCAACCUGACCUAACCAAGGCUUGUCCACCUCCUCCUCCGCUGUCUUCACCACCACUUCUUCA